CAUCUUGCCAAGAGCAUCUCGCUAUUUCCAUAUACAGAUACCUUGCCAGAAACAGAAGAAGAAAGCUCCGACAGUUUUGGAAGUUGUCUGAUAGAAAGAAAUCAAAAUGAGCUAUCUAUCCUUUCUUGAAAAGCCUCAUGCUGUAUGCAUUCCUUAUCCAGCUCAAGGCCAUAUCAACCCAAUGCUAAAAUUAGCCAAACUUCUUCACCACAAAGGUUGCCAUAUCACCUUUGUUAACACUGAAUACAACUAUAGACGCCUUCUCAAAUCUAGAGGUCCCGACUCACUCAACGGCCUCUCUUCUUUCCGUUUCGAAACUAUUCCUGACGGUCUUCCUCCUACCGAUACUGAUGCUACCCAAGACAUACCCUCCCUUUGCGUUUCCACCAAGAGUACCUGCUUGCCUCACUUCAAGAACAUCCUUUCAAAGCUUAAUAAUACUUCUUCCAACGUUCCUCCCGUUUCUUGCAUCAUAUCUGACGGUGUCAUGAGCUUCACUCUAGAUGCUGCUCAAGAAUUGGGUAUUCCUGAAGUCCUGUUCUGGACUACCAGUGCUUGUGGUUUUCUUGCUUAUGUUCAUUAUCACCAGUUCAUUAAAAGGGGGUUUACACCACUCAAAGAUGAGAGUUUCUUAACAAAUGGUUAUCUAGAUACAGUUAUAGACUGGAUUCCAGGCAUGAAAGAUAUCCGUUUGAAGGAUAUUCCAAGCUUCAUUAGAACAACAGAUCCUGAAGACAAAAUGCUUAAUUUUGUAGUUUCAGAAACUGAAAGAGCUCAGAAGGCUUCUGCUAUUAUCUUGAAUACAUUUGAUGCCUUAGAGCAUGAUGUUUUAGCUGCAUUUCCUUCCCUGUUACCACCUGUAUACUCCGUUGGCUCUCUCCAACUUCUGCUUAAUAACGUUAAAGAUAAUGACUUGAAGUUGAUUGGAUCAAACCUAUGGAAAGAAGAAUCAGGUUGUCUUGAAUGGCUCGACUCAAAAGAACCUAACUCGGUGGUUUAUGUUAAUUUUGGAAGCAUUACUGUCAUGACAAGUGAUCAACUGGUAGAGUUUGCCUGGGGACUAGCUAACAGCAACAAAACAUUUUUAUGGGUUAUUAGGCCUGAUCUUGUAGACGGCGACACGGCGGUUCUUCCACCGGAGUUCGUUACAGUGACAAAAGGAAGAGGUCUUUUAGCAAGCUGGUGUGCACAAGAACAAGUGUUGAGCCACCCAUCAAUUGGAGGAUUCUUAACACACAGUGGAUGGAAUUCUACACUUGAAAGUAUUUGUGGAGGUGUGCCUAUGAUUUGUUGGCCUUUCUUUGCAGAGCAACAAACCAAUUGCAAAUACACUUGCAAUGAAUGGGGAAUAGGCAUGGAGAUAAAUAGUGAUGUGAAGAGAAAUGAAGUUGAGAGUCUGGUUAUAGAGUUAAUGGAUGGAGAUAAAGGGAAAGCAAUGAAGAAGAAAGCAAUGGAAUGGAAAAAGAUGGCAGAAGAAGCUGUUAGUACUAAAGGGUCUUCUUAUCAGAAUUUUGACAAGAUGAUCAAUCAAGUUCUCCUGUCCUCUAAAGAUCAGACUAACUAAUCGAUUUUAAGUUUCUCCUUCUCUGCAUUUGAUUGUAACCUGAUACUGUCCAGCACUUCCCUUCGUUUGGUUUUUAUUGUUUACUUCUGUUAAUAAGAAAUAUUACUUCUGGAUUUGUUAUUA